CAAGCAGUAGGUCCCACCAAAAGACUUUGUCGUCCUUGUCUUUAUAAGAAACAUUGCCUAAACUAAAACAAUUCUCAUAUUAUCCUACUGUUUCUUAGCUUUUGGAUCAGGAACUUAAUUGGAUCAUCAUUCACAAUCACAGUUCAUGGCGAAAUUCACCGGUCUUUCAACUUAUAGCUGCAGCAAUUGCCGGAAUCCGGUUGCCCUCCGCGAUGACCUUCUUUCUAAAAAAUUUCUGGCAAAAUCCGGGCAAGCCUACAUGUUCUCUCAUGCGAUGAACAUUGUAGUGGGGCAGAAAGAGGACAGACAACUCAUAACUGGUGUUUUUAGUGUUGCGGAUGUGUAUUGCAGCAGUUGUGGCGAGUUGUUGGGUUGGAAAUACGUGCGAGCUUAUAAUGCAAGCCAAACAUACAAGGAAGGGAACUUCAUUAUUGAGUUAGCUCAGAUAUAUAAGGAAUAUUAAUUUAAUUCCAUCACAAACUCAUGUCGGAUCAUUAAUUGCUUUUUAAGGUUAUUUAUUAUUCCAAACUUGAUGAUAUGUAUAUGUAUGUCUAAAACGAAAAUUGUGUUGGAUGGUAAUAAUAAUCUAUUUCUAAUGUA